GCUAAACCACGGGGCUGUAACGUCACGCAGCCUGUCUGAACAAUCCGCGGGAAAAGCGGAGCUGAGUUUUCGGGGGAUUUAAGGAUUAUUCUCGGCUUUUCCGUCGAUAUUUCAACAAAGCAUGGAUCCGUCUGAGGUGGAAUUCCUCGCUGAGAAGGAAAUGGUGAAGAUUAUCCCGAAUUUUAGCCUGGAUAAGAUCUAUUUAAUCGGGGGGGAUCUGGGUCCGUUUAACCCCGGGCUGCCGGUGGAUGUGCCGGUCUGGCUGGCCCUGAACUUGAAGCAGAGGCAGAAAUGCAGGAUAGUUCCUCCAGACUGGAUGGACGCAGAUAAACUGGAAGAAAUCAGGGAGCAGGAGAGAAAAGAGGACACCUUCACUCCCAUCCCCAGUGCUUAUUACAUGGAAUUGACCAAAUUGCUACUAAACCAUGCUGCAGACAACAUCCCCAAAGCUGAUGAAAUCCGGACAUUGGUGAAGGAUAUUUGGGACACCCGCAUUGCAAAACUGCGCCUGUCUGCUGACAGUUUCAUCAGCCAACAGGAGGCUCAUGCCAGGCUGGAUAACCUUACAUUGAUGGAGAUCAAUACCACACGCAGCUUUCUGCUGGACUCUUUGAAUUACAUGUACAAACUGCGCUCCAACCUCCAGCCAGGCUCUGGCUCAGGCAAGUCGCAGGAUUACUAAGCAACGGUGUCACAUCAGGACUAUUAGGACCACUAACAUUAUGUGCAGUGCAGGUAACACUUUGGACUGCAGCUCUACAGAUCCUGACCAGAAGGAAUUAAUAUUUCAUGCUUUGAAAGAAGUGACUGUCAUGAAAUCCUACCCAUGCUGUGCUCGUGCCAUUAGGACAGAUACCACCUCACUGUACGCUGAGAUUUCUCUGCUUUGUCAAACUGGAUGGACAACCAACAAAAGACAAUGGAUGCAGAUUUUGUCAAAACACAUUGGGGAUGCUUUUAUGUCCAGGGUUGUUAAGAUGGUGGUUGCAAUCCUUCUUAACUUUGCUCACCUUUUUGUGCUUUUUUUUCCCCCUCCUGUUCUAAUAUAGCUUAGCAUGGAAAUCUUACAGUAAAUAAGGCUGGCAGUGCUAAAAGUCAAAGUAAUAAAAACAAUGAAUGAGUAAAUGUUUUAAGGUUGUGUACAGAAAACUAUACAAAUGCUACUUUCAAUCUGUUUGUCUUGUUUGUAAAUGUUUGUAAAAAGUACAAAUACAGUUUAAUGGACUGAUGUCAUUUGUGUUUAAUUUGUUAUGCCCAUGUACCAUUAACUUAACUUGAAUUUGUCUAUAUGUUUCAGUCUUUAACUGCUUGAUUCUAAAACGCAUUUAAUCCUGUGUAUUCAUGUACACUGAUAUUUGAACAGUUAUAUAUACUUAUAAUGAUACUUUCUAUUUACUAUUUAUUGUGUAAAAAAAAAAAAAAAAACACGACCUCUCAUUAAGUAUAAAAGUGCCACUUGACAUAGGAGCACUCAUUUUGUACACAGUGAUUUUGGAGCUAUUGACUUUUCAUAAACUGGCAAUUUAAAUUUAAAUUUAAAUAUUUAAAUGCACUGAAAUGAUUUGCAUGCUGACCUGUCUCGCAAAACACAGUGGGUGAUGAAUCUUUUAUGAAAAGAGGAAUGACAAUGAGACAAUAAAUAUUUUCUACAAAUUA